UAAUUUCUUAUCUAAUAACUUGCACAAGCACAAGCUAGUCUACAAAGCUGUACACAUGUUGGAACCGUACGCUAUCUUAUACGCCUCAACCUCUUCAGCUCACCUUCUUAUUCUUCCACGAUCUUCUUUCCUUUGGCCUUACCACUUAUCUUCUUUAGAGCUUCCAGGCACUGAAACACAGAGGCAUUCAUGGGCAAGAUGAGAUCUUUUAAAGAAGAAUUCCCAUUCGAGCAACGAUCUAAAGAAUCACGAGAUAUACUUGUCAAAUAUCCCGAUCGAGUGCCUGUAGUAGCUGAAAAAUAUUCAAGGACUGACCUUCCUUUUAUGGAAAAGAAAAAGUACCUGGUCCCACGAGAUAUGUCUGUUGGGCAAUUCAUACACAUUUUAAGCAUUAGGCUCCAUCUGACUCCUGGGAAAGCUCUCUUUGUGUUUGUGAAAAACACAUUACCUCAAACAGGCAGUCUCAUGGAUUCUGUUUAUCAAUCUUUCAAGGAUGAAGAUGGGUUUCUAUAUAUGUGUUACAGUGGUGAGAAAACCUUUGGUAAAAUCAACUGCAGUGAUGUGUAAAAAUGAGCCCCCCCCCCCCCCAAAAAAAAAAAAGCGGAUUCAUGUAUAUCAAGCGUAGACUUGGACAGUGUAUAUUGAUGUAAAAUCCUUGUGAUUCCCUUAUUCUCAAUGCUAACUGAGCUAUGCAACUUGAUUCUUUA